CUUCAAAGUUAAAACAUCACCUGCUAUAUAUCAUCACACCAGAAAAAAGUGCGACUCAAAACUCCAUAUCUAAUGUCGACAUCACACCGCUUCUUCACCACCAACCCAUCUUCCCACCACCACAAACACACCCAAAUCAUCAACACUAAAACCCUAAUUCCACACACCUACUACCCCCACAUUCAAUUGCGUUAUAAUUAUCCUUUUCCCAGAACAAAUUUGUUCCGAAAUCGGUUAAUAACUGCUCAUGUUAACCCAUCAAAAGGACUCUCAUACGAAGAAGAUUACAAAAACGACGGUGGUUUUGCUACCGUUACAUCUAGUAGUGACAGUGAUGAAGAUGAAAAGGAUGUUGCGAGUAAGAUGACGGUUGUUCAACAGGAUUUGGCGGGAAAUGAGAGUUUAUGGGAGCAAUUGGUGGAGAUUUUGAAGUUUUCUGGGCCAGCUGCAGGGUUGUGGUUGGGUGGACCGUUGAUGAGUUUGAUUGAUACUGCUGUUAUUGGUCAGUCGAGCUCGGUUGAAUUGGCUGCGUUAGGGCCGAGUACGGUGCUAUGUGAUUAUAUGAGUUAUGUGUUUAUGUUUCUGUCUGUGGCUACCUCAAAUUUGGUGGCUACUUCACUUGCUAAGCAGGAUAAGUCUGAGGUGCAGCAUCAGAUAUCAACUUUGCUUUUUGUGGGUUUGACAUGCGGUGUAAUGAUGUUUUUGUUUACAAGGUUCUGGGGAGAAUGGGCCCUGAGCGCCUUUUCUGGAGCUAAGGAUGCACAUAUGUUAUCAGCAGCAAACACAUACAUCCAGAUUCGAGGCUUGGCAUGGCCCGCAAUUCUUGUUGGAUGGGUUGCUCAAAGCGCAAGUCUUGGAAUGAAGGAUUCAUGGGGACCUUUGAAGGCUUUGGCAGUCGCAAGUGUUAUCAACGGCGUCGGAGAUGUGGUCCUCUGCUUAUUCUUUAACUACGGCAUUGCGGGAGCAGCAUGGGCAACAAUGGCAUCUCAGGUUGUUGCAGGAUUUAUGAUGAUUGAAUCUUUGAAAGAUAAAGGGUAUAAUGGUUACGCCAUUGCUGUUCCGUCAGCUAAUGAACUUCUACAAAUAUUCCAGCUUGCUGCUCCCGUAUUUAUGAUGAUGAUGUCAAAGGUGUCAUUCUAUUCGCUACUUAUAUACUUUGCUACAUCAAUGGGCACACAAACCGUUGCUGCUCAUCAGGUCCUUAUCCAAAUAUACUCUAUGUUCACCGUAGGGGGUGAGCCCCUUUCUCAAACUGCACAAUCAUUUAUGCCGGAGCUUAUAUACGGUGCCAAACGAAGUCUAUCAAAGGCAAGAAUGUUGUUGAAGUCACUGGUUAUAAUUGGUGCAUCUUGCGGUUUAAUACUCGGUGUUGCCGGUACAAUUGUUCCUUGGUUAUCUCCUAAAGUAUUUUCACCUGAUCCUCAUGUCAUAAAGAAGAUGCACACAGUUUUACUACCAUACUUCAUUGCUUUAUCCGUGACAGCAUGUACCCAUAGCCUUGAAGGAACAUUGUUGGCUGGGCGUGAUUUGAGAUUUAUUAGUGUAUCAAUGACCACAGUCUUUACUUUGGGUGGCCUUCUCCUCUUGUUAUUUAGCAAUUUGGGAUUUGGUUUGCCUGGCUGCUGGUGGACGUUAGCGUUGUUCCAAUGGUCUAGGUUCACUAUUGCUCUACUACGUCUCAUCUCGCCAAAUGGCAUCCUUUACUCCGAGGACAUGACUCGUUAUGAACUCGGGAAAGCUAGCACAGCCUAAGGGUAUGGGACCCUAAUUGGUAACUAUUUUUCUUUGAUGCACAUCCUUUUCAAAAUCCAUCUAGAAUUGGCGGAGGCAUGAUUCUUUUUUCUUUCCAAUGGGGUCACUAAGUUUUGGUGCUCUUAUGUAUAAACUUGAUUUACAUAUUCUUCGGUUAGGUCGAUUUGGACUCAAAUGAACUAUAAUCCUCAAAGGAACUUUAGUUUCUAAUACUUUGUACUCAUUUGAGUUUAUACAACUAUAAUCCUCGUAUGAACUUUGGUUUCUAA